GGGCUGGAGGCAGCGAGCAUGGCUGCAGGAGGGCUGUCUGCUGCUGCCUCUGCCGCUGCUGCUGCGAUGGCUGGCCAGCGCCUUUCCCCCUUGGCUCCCACCUGAGCCCCCUCCCCUCCCUCCGCCAUGGAGGCCCCCAGCCUCAGGCAUUUCUUGCAGAAGCUCAAGGAGGUCUUUGACGUCUGCGAUGAGGAUGCCGAUGGCUUCAUCCGGGUGGAGCAUUUCGUGGCCCUGGGGCUCCAGUUUGGGCAGGGAGAGGAGGAGGAGGUGGAAAAAUUUGCCAAAUGCUUGGAUCCAAAUGACUUGGGCAAGAUCAACUUCAAAGAUUUCUGUCAUGGAGUGUUUGCUAUGAAAGGCUGUGAGGAGUUGCUGAAAGAUGCAUUGUCUGUUGAAAGCCUUGGCCCUCAACGCUAUGAGACUGAAUAUGUGGAUUACUACUACCAGGGCCCUGAAAUCCAAGACGGUGGCUAUUUGGACAGUGAAAGUGCAUACAGUGAAUCAGAUCUCUUCCCUGAUGAGGACAACAUGACCCUGGCCCAACAGGAAGUCCACCAUGAGUCAGAUAUGGACAGUGCCAUUGAAAGUGCUCACAGCUCAGAAGCAUCAGAUGUGUGCAGCAGGAACGAAGAGAAGGAUGGCGGGCUGGGUGGCCUCUUCUUGCCUGGAGAUAAGUCCAGUCCCCUCAAUCCCUCCGCAGCAUCAGACCUUUCCACCUAUUCCACUGCCUCUUUGAUCAGUAAUGAAGAACAGUUUGAAGACUAUGGAGAAGGUGACGAUGUGGACUUCACUCCCAGCAGCCCAUGCCCUGAUGAUGAAAGCAGAACUAAUGCCUAUUCUGAUCUUGGCUCAUCUGUUUCUUCCAGUGCUGGUCAAACCCCAAGAAAAAUGAGACAUCUUUAUAAUAGUGAGCUCUUGGAUGUCUACUGCACACAGUGCUGCAAGAAAAUCAACCUGCUUAAUGACUUGGAAGCCAGACUGAAAAACCUGAAGGCAAACAGUCCAAACAGAAAAAUAUCUAGCACAGCUUUUGGAAGACAGCUGUUCCAUAACAGCAACUUCAGCAGCAGCAAUGGCAGCACAGAGGACCUAUUUCGAGACAGCAUAGAUUCAUGUGACAACGAUAUCACAGAAAAGGUGACUUAUCUAGAAAAAAAAGUGACAGAGCUGGAAAAUGAUAGCAUGACAAAUGGUGACCUGAAGAGCAAAUUGAAACAGGAGAACACACAUCUAGUUCAUAGAGUCCAUGAACUGGAAGAACUCUUGAAAGAUCAAGAGACGUCAGCUACACAGACUCUGGAAGAAGAGGUAAAGAGGCACCGAGAAGCAUACAGCAAGUCUGAAAAAGAGAAAAGCACUGAAAUAGAACUGCUAAACACAAGGGUUCAGCAGCUUGAAGAGGAAAACUGUGAGCUGAAAACCACCGUCUUACGACUGAAAUCACAAACUGAGAAGCUGGAUGAGGAGAGACAGCGAAUGUCCGACCGAUUGGAAGAUACCAGUCUACGGCUCAAGGAUGAGAUGGACUUAUACAAAAGAAUGAUGGACAAACUGAGACAAAACAGGCUGGAAUUUAACAAGGAGAGGGAGGCUACUCAGGAGCUUAUUGAGGAUUUGCGAAAGGAGUUGGAACACCUGCAGUUGUAUAAGCUUGAGUGUGAACGACCUGGAAGAGGGAGAAGUUCUUCAUCUAGCUUGAGUGAAUUUAAUGUGAAGGCAAGAGAAGUGGAAAUGGAGCAUGAAAUUAAGCGGCUAAAGCAGGAGAAUCAGAAGCUUCGUGACCAAAACGAUGACCUGAAUGGGCAGAUUCUUAGCCUGAGUCUUUAUGAAGCCAAGAACCUUUUUGCAACACAGACAAAAGCCCAGUCGUUGGCUGCUGAAAUUGAUUCUGCCUCCAGAGAUGAGCUCAUGGAAGCCCUUAAAGAACAGGAGGAGAUCAACUACAGACUGCGCCAGUACAUGGACAAGAUCAUCCUAGCCAUUCUGGACCACAACCCAUCCAUCCUGGAGAUCAAAAACUGAGGAUCUGGGGUCAGAAAGGGAAACCAGCAGGGACUUAUGUACCUGAUAAGAUGCCAUUGAACCCAAAUAUCACUCUGCUACUGUAAAUGAACCUAUAAAUAUAUAUAUAUGUGUUAUAUAUAUAAAAUGAAAACCUUGUGUGGAUACACAGGGCAUGUUUAUAUGAUGUUUGUUAUACUUCUGUCUGUGAAUCAUAAUUGGCUUGGUCAGGUUUCAUGCACUUUCACCACUUGGAGGUGUUGUGAUGGGGGCGGAGACAGACUGUUACAGGAUUGUAUUGAAAUAACCGUAGUUGGAUUUGCACUGUUUUAGAUACUGGACAAAAAAUGACACUACCUCUAGAGAUGUGAGGAUAAAAGACUGGAUACAUAUCUAGUGCCAAUUCUCCUCCUCCCCCACAAACCAUGCUCACAUCUUUACCAGCAGUUCUUCCCCUCGUCUUAGAAAUGUGUUGCACGUCCAAGUUCAAUUCACUGGUGCUGAGUAUGUUGAUUUUGGGGGGUGUUUUUGUUUUCCUGGCACUAUGCUGCUGAAGCUGCAGGAAGAUCAGUGAUAUCAUUGCUUCUUCAAAAAGACUGUAAGACACAAAAGGGGAAAGAGUAGAGAACUGGAUAUAUUAUUUUGUUUUUAAGCAUCUUUAAAAUAUCUAGUAUCUUAGAUCUCUUUCACAUCACGCAGUUAUAGCUUUAUGACUCCACUAAUUGCUAUGGCUCCUAGGAUUGGCAGUGAAGGGAGGGGGCCUUUGGCAUCCUCAGCCAGGGAUCCCCUCUGGUGCCCCUGACCAAACUCCAUGUCCUAGCAUUCCAAAGUAUGUUGCCAUGGCAAUUAAAAUGGAAUCAUAGCGCUGGAAUUGUGAAAUGUGAAAGACACGUAAAUGGCCAUAAAACCUUGAUAGCAGUUGGCAGCCAGAAGUAUUACCUCCAUCUGCACAUACAGGCAUGCACCUUUUGCCAACAUUCUGCCGUGCUUCAGAUCUACAAAAUUGUUUAUUACAUAUCUUUCUAUACUUCAGGUUUACUAACUGCCCCAAAAAUGGUACUGGCAAGAACAGUCUUUUCCAACCUGACACCUUCCUGACAUGUCAGCUGAUUAACUUUCAGAAUCCUUCAGCUAACUUUCAGGUCCCAGAAUUCCACAGCCAUCAUGGCCAAUUCUGGGAGACGUAGGCUGGAUAGUGGAUUCUGGGUAUGGUGAUUUAGCACAUAUGGAAGAUACUAGAUAGUGGAAGGACUGUGUUGACAGAGAUUAGGUUUUGAACUGCACUGGGCAAGAAAGGCAUCCUGAAACUCACUGUACUGUGGCAACCUUGGCAACCCCUGUAUUAAAUUGUGGAGCCAGCCCAGAGAGCUGCUUUGCUGCCCAUUUAAGGACUGCACAUUAGAAGUUCUGUAUCACCUUCUUGACAUUAGAAAUCAACAGGCCUAGAUUUGGGGUUUGAGAGGUGUUUGUUGGGGGUUUGUAUUGUUGCAUCUCAGUGCCCAGAAGUUUCUCCAAUCUCCACUGGUUUCAGCCUUGCUUUGCAGUUAUUAUCAGUUCAACACCACUGGAGGCACAGAUUAAUUAUUUAAUAGUGGCAAUUGUACAGAUGCUUGCCUUAAUGAGAUUUCCAGGGACCUGAGGCUGAACUCAGUCCUUGUGCUUACUGAAGAGCAAUGUUUUUAAAAUUCUUCACUGAGACUUUAGAACAAAAGUUUGUUUAUGCACCAUAUUAUUUAUUCAGCAUG